CAGAUAUUAGUGUCCCCUGGAAACACUUCCGUUGUCUUGCGGUCUAUUUGUAUCGCUUUUUCUUAAUGUGUUGUGUUGCAGUCUUUGCAGCGCUUUUUUUCUAAAUGUGUUGUCAAAUUGAUGAAGAUGUUUUUCUGAAUUUGCUUGUGUUUUGUCUAUUUGCAUGUGUUUUUCUUAAGUUGCAGUGCUGUGAGCUCUCAGGGCCACCGGUCAUCAUCCCGAUUAACAAUACUGACAUUUACUGCACUUUCUUUGUCUGAAUUUACAGCGGGAUUCUUUAAACAAUUCAAGCUCGGAGAAUUGUCUGGAAAAAAAAACCCUUGGACACUUCUUACUGGACGAAUCAUGCCUCGUUUACAACUUAUGACUGUGCUCCUGUGUUGUCUUCCCUUGGCAGCCUGCUUGCGCUGUUACACCUGUGUGUUCCCGGCCAUCUCCCCUCUGGACUGCCUCAGGUUCCCCCAGGAGUGUUCGGCCGGACAGCGCUGUCUGUCGAGCACUGCGACAGGACGACGAGGCUCUCUGGAGCUGACGAUGUAUGAGAAGAGCUGCGCCGUCGCCGCCCAGUGUGGCCUGAGCGGACAGAAAUACGCCUCGGGCCUCUACUUCAACUACACCAACGUCUGCUGUGACACCGACCUGUGCAACGGUGCCACGUCCGGUGCUGCCCUCAGCUGGGGACGAGCAGCCGCCUGCCUGCUGCCCGCGCUCGCUCUGCUGCUGGCCUGAAGAUGGAGCUGUGUGUUCGUGUAGGAGACCCUGCUUCUUAACACAAUUAACAGUGAAUGAACUUGCCAGCCAGCGAAUAACAGAAGAGAUUCACCGAAAUGUGUAACAAUAUUUUGCUUUAUCUGCCGCAGAGAAAAACCCCCCACAUGUAGACAUGUAGGUAACAUAAAGAAAGUAUGCUUUGCUCUUGUACUUGUGGAUACUGAAAAUGGAGCAACAUCCAAUGACCCUCAUGACAAGAGAUUUAAUUGUUUGUUUUUUUCACCUGAAGACAUAUUUUGAGGCCUAAAUGGAGGAAAACAGAUUCUACAAGAAAAAAAUAUAUAAAACAGUAAUGCCUGAGAAUUAAAUAAUAAUUUGGAUGCCAAAUUACUAAAAACCGAUACUGCAAAAUACUGCAGUGAUGAAAUGAUAUAUUGUAGCUAAAGAUGACAUUAGGCCCAUGUCCUUAUCUCAGUACAUUUUUAAUGAUAAUACUAUAGUGAUGCUGAUAGAACUUUCAUUACUAUAAGUCACAUUUGCGCUUUAUUUAAUAUGUAUUAGUAUUAUAUGUAAAGUUACUGUUCUUGGCAACAUGUUCAUGGAUGUUGCUGUUCGUGGCUCUAAUGUACUGCUUAUACUAACCAAGUAAUGUUGUUGUUGUUUGCACCUUUAAGAUAAAAAAAUAAAAACACA